CCCUUCGGAAGAGGAAACCUCUCGUCCUCGCCGUCGCUUCGUUCCUCUCGGCUCGGCUGUAAACCCUAGCACUCUUUCCCGUCCCUGGUUUUCUUCCCUAACCGACGCCCAUGGCAGAGCUCAGGAAUCUUUCGGAGGCACGGGAUUUGACGCGUAUCGAGCGCAUCGGGGCACACUCCCAUAUCCGAGGGCUCGGCCUUGACGCCGCGCUCGAGGCCCGGGAUGUCUCCGAAGGCAUGGUAGGCCAACGCGCCGCCCGUAAGGCCGCUGGACUCAUCCUCAACCUCAUUAAGGAAGGAAAGAUCGCUGGUCGCGCCAUCCUCCUCGCCGGCCAACCUGGCACCGGGAAGACAGCUGUUGCCAUGGGCCUCGCCAAAUCCCUCGGGGCGGAGACACCCUUUGCUUCCGUCUCUGCUUCCGAGAUUUUCUCUCUCGAGAUGUCUAAGACCGAGGCCCUUACUCAGGCCUUCCGUAAGGCCAUUGGCGUCCGCAUCAAGGAGGAGGCAGAGAUCAUUGAGGGUGAGGUUGUCGAGAUUUCCAUCGACCGCCCUGCAUCUGGAGCAUCAUCUGGCCAGUCCUCUUCGAAAACUGGGAAAUUGACUCUGAAGACGACCGACAUGGAGACAGUUUAUGAACUCGGAGGGAAGAUGAUAGAGGCGCUUAGAAAGGAGAAGGUGCAGAGUGGAGACGUGAUAACCCUGGAUAGGGCCUCUGGGAAGGUCACAAAGCUUGGCCGGUCAAUUACACGAUCGAGGGACUAUGAUGCCACCGGCCCUAGCACUAAGUUUGUGAGGUGCCCAGAAGGAGAGCUGCAGAAGAGGAAAGAGGUUGUGCAUUGUGUCAACCUCCAUGAGAUUGAUGUUAUCAAUAGCAGAACACAGGGUUUUCUUGCACUUUUUACUGGUGACACUGGUGAGAUCCGAGCUGAAGUGAGGGAACAAAUAGACUCGAAGGUUUCAGAGUGGAAAGAGGAAGGAAAGGCUGAGAUUAUUCCAGGUGUCCUAUUCGUUGAUGAGGUCCAUAUGCUAGACAUUGAAUGCUUUUCCUUCCUAAAUAAUGCCUUGGAGAAUGAGAUGGCUCCAAUUUUAGUGAUCGCAACAAAUCGUGGGAUCACAACAAUCCGAGGAACCAACUAUCGGUCACCUCAUGGAAUUCCAGCUGAUUUCUUGGAUCGCCUUCUCAUUAUAACCACCCAGCCAUACACUGAGGAAGAAAUCGGUAAGAUUCUUGAAAUCAGGUGUGACGAAGAAGAGGUGGAAAUGUCCAAGGACGCAAAGCUCUUGCUGACGAAAAUUGGUGUGGAGACAUCACUGAGGUACGCCAUCCACCUAAUCACCGCGGCUGCACUGGCUUGCCAGAAGCGAAAGGGUAAAACAGUGGAGAUGGAAGACGUUAGCAGGGUUUACGGGUUGUUUCUUGAUGUGAAGAGAUCGACCCAGUACCUAAUGGAGUACCAGAACCAGUAUAUGUUCAAUGAAGUACCCAGGGUAGGUGAAGAAGAGGCUAUGGAAUAAUUAGUCCCUGCACAAGAGGUUUGAAGCUGUUAUUGGUCCUUGACAUGCUGUGUUAUUGAGAUGUUGAUGCUGCCCGAAUAGGAGAUAGAUACUAUUGUCUGCCUGCGCUGCAGAUUUAUUAUGAAACUAGGCUAGUGUUUGUGGCGGUCGUCUGUAGGUUAAUUUUUUGUGGUGCAGUGUUUAUAUUUAACCGUGUGGCCCAUUAGGUCAAGCAGUUUGAAACUUGUAUUUCUUAGGAUUGCAAACAAUUGUCGAGGGAAAUGGUUGCUCAUUCAUUCCCCAAGGGUCUUUCCAAAUGGUGCGGAGUGGUAUCCCUAUUUCGUUUUGAUAGGACUGAAACAUAAACUGGCCUCAUUUUUACUGUUGCAAAAAUUUUGCAUCCA